UAUCAUCGUUCCCCAGUUCUUCAUGACGCAGACUCUAAUGACGAAGAGUCUCUUACUAGUGUCUAAACGCUUCAGUCGAUUCUUGAAGUGAUACGGGCCCCCCUUCAACUGUCUGCUUUCCACCUUGUCAUAAACCUUCGCUCAGCUUCACUCUUACUCUUGAAGGAGUAGUCUUCCCUCUACACAAUGCAUUACGCUUACCCCGGGCGUAAAUCCUCACAUCCCACUUCUUUCACACCGAGACAAAGCCGUUCGUCAAUAUUACACACAAUACGACGACGUGUCAGAUUGCGUACGUUGUUAACAGCCGCAUUGGCCCUGGGCUUGCUGUAUUUGGUGCUUUCAUGGUUAUUCUCGUCAUCAUCCACGGAGAUAAGCAGCAUACCUGUUGCACCAGUGUUUACGAAGGCUCCAUCAGGAGAGCCGAAUGUGGUGAUAGUGACCGUACUGGACGACGAGAAGGGGCAGGUCUACAACACGGCUGUCAAACAGAAUAGACAAGAGUAUGCAGAGAAGCACGGCUAUGCGACAUUCAUGCCGCAGGCGACCGAGUAUAACGUUGGCGACUCUCCUAAAAGCUGGGCGAAAGUUCCAGCUUUACGUCAUGCAAUGACCGUAUUUCCACGAACGCCGUUCUUCCUCUUCCUUGACGACCGCACACUGAUCGCGAAUCCGUCAUUGUCAGUUGAGGAGCACCUAACCAACAAGCAACGCAUCGAGUCGCUGGCAAUAACUGAUAUCCCUGUGGUCCCCCCAGAUAGUGUCAUUAGGACAACACGAGACCAGCCGGGCGAUCUGGUCGACCUGCUUCUCGUUCAGGACAGGGAAGGACUGAGCGUUCGCAGUUUCGUUCUGCGCAACGGGGACUGGGCGAAGUUCUUCUUGGACGCAUGGUUCGACCCGCUCUACAGAACGUACAAUUUCCAGAAGGCCGAGCGUCACGCGCUGGAGCACAUCGUGCAGUGGCACGGUACGAUCCUCGCGAAGCUCGCUUUGGUCCCGCAGCAUAUGCUGUGUGCCUAUUCCGAGAAGGACAAGCGCGCCGCCACGGACAAUGGAGUAUACGAAAACGGCAACUUCGUCAUCAGUUUUGCCGAGUGCGAUUCGCCUGACCGCAGCUGCCGGGACGAGAUGAAGCCGUGGUUUGAGCGGUUGCAUGGCCUGGAGAUCUAGAUAUCACGACACGGGGAGUCGCAAAUUCUUGGCUCCCGUUCCGGGAUCGUGUUCAUCCUCAUGCAAGAAUCCCGUUGCGCAUGACAUGAAGCGUAAAGAGCAUGCAAACCACGCUCGGCAUUGUUUCUCGUUCGGUGUUCUCGGAAAGGCUACAGUCAGCAUCGCACGUUCGUAUCUCUUGGGGAGGGUCUUGGGCGAGGCCCCCUUUUUUAACGUUAGACGAAUACAGGGAAGACUAGAUCAAAGUAAUGAAAUGCGUACUUUUUUCUACCUAGAAA